AUGGCUAUUGCAUUGGCUAUGUUUGGAGGAGAAUCGAAAGACAUUCAAGGUAAACAUAGAAUAAGAGGAGAUAUUAAUGUUUUGGUAUUAGGAGAUCCUGGUACUGCUAAAUCUUAAUUCUUAAAAAAUGUUUAAAAGACAUUCUAUAGAUCAAUCUAUACAACAGGAAAAGGAGCAUCUGCUGUUGGUCUCACUGCUUCUGUUUAAAGAGAUUAUUCAACAAAUGAAUGGAGUAUCUCAGGAGGUGCUUUAGUCUUGGCUGAUAAAGGAAUUUGUUUAAUUGAUGAAUUUGAUAAAAUGAAUGAACAUGAUAGAACUUCUAUUCAUGAAGCUAUGGAAUAACAAAGUAUUUCAAUCUCUAAAGCUGGUAUUGUCACUACUCUCUAAGCCAGAUGUAGUGUUAUUGCAGCUGCCAAUCCAGUUGGAGGUAAAUAUGAUUCUUAAUAAUCUUUUCAUGAUAAUGUUGAUCUUACAGAUCCAAUUUUAAGUAGAUUUGACAUUUUAUGUGUUGUAAAAGAUGAAGUAAUUAAAGAGGCAGAUGAUAGAUUGGCUUCUUUUGUCAUAAACAGUCAUAUCAGACAUCAUCCAAUGGCUGCAUAUGAAUUAAAUCAUGAUCCAGAUUCUAAUGAGAGUUAAAAAAUCAAAGGAUACUUUGUUAAGGAGAGUAAAUAAACUUAAGAUGAAGUUAUUCCAUUAGAAUUACNGUUAUUGAUAUUAUUAGGGAAUUAAGAUUUAAACAUUUAGAUAAAUUUAUUCGUGUUAUUGGUGUUGUUACUAGAAGAAGUGCUGUCUAUUCUUAAUUGAAAGAAAUAACUUAUGUUUGUGUUAAAUGUGGAAUGAAAAAGGGACCAUUUUAUUUAGAAAAUAAUGAUAGCAUAUAAUUAGGCGUUUGUAUUCAAUGUUAAAGUAGUGGUCCUUUUGAAAAAUUAUAUAAUCAAUUGGUCUAUAGAAAUUUUUAACGAUUAACUCUAUAAGAAUCACCAGGUUAAGUUCCUGCAGGAAGAGUACCAAGAUAAAAAGAAGUUAUUGUUUUAGGAGAUUAAAUUGAUAUAGCUAGACCUGGAGAUGAAAUUGAAGUUACUGGAAUCUAUACUUAAAGAUAUGAUUAUGCUCUUAAUGUUAAACAUGGUUUCCCCUUAUAUUCUACUAUUAUUGAAAGCAAUUAUAUUAAAAGAAAAGAUGAUAGUGAAUCUUUGAAUAUUGAUAAAAAAAUCAAAGAUGAAAUCUUGAAGUUAUCUUAAAACCCUAAAAUUGAUAAACUUAUCUAUAAUUCAGUUGCUCCAUCCAUUUAUGGUCAUUAACAUGUUAAAAUGGCUAUUGCAUUAGCUAUGUUUGGAGGAGAAUCGAAAGACAUUCAAGGUAAACAUAGAAUAAGAGGGGAUAUUAAUGUUUUGGUAUUAGGAGAUCCUGGAACUGCUAAAUCUUAAUUCUUAAAAAAUGUUUAAAAGACAUUCUAUAGAUCAAUCUAUACAACAGGAAAAGGAGCAUCUGCUGUUGGUCUCACUGCUUCUGUUUAAAGAGAUUAUUCAACAAAUGAAUGGAGUAUCUCAGGAGGUGCUUUAGUCUUGGCUGAUAAAGGAAUUUGUUUAAUUGAUGAAUUUGAUAAAAUGAAUGAACAUGAUAGAACCUCUAUUCAUGAAGCUAUGGAAUAACAAAGUAUUUCAAUCUCUAAAGCUGGUAUUGUUACUACUCUCUAAGCCAGAUGUAGUGUUAUUGCAGCUGCUAAUCCAGUUGGAGGCAAAUAUGAUUCUUAAUAAUCAUUUCAUGAUAAUGUUGAUCUCACAGAUCCAAUUUUAAGUAGAUUUGAUAUUUUAUGUGUUGUAAAAGAUGAAGUAAUUAAAGAGGCAGAUGAUAGAUUGGCUUCAUUUGUCAUAAAUAGUCAUAUAAGACAUCAUCCCAUGGCUGCAUAUGAAUUAAAUCAUGAUCCAGAUUCUGAAGAGAGUUAAAAAAUCAAAGGAUACUUUGUGAAGGAGAGUAAAUAAACUUAAGAUGAAGUUAUUCCAUUAGAAUUACUCAAAAAAUAUAUUUUGUAUGCACGUACUCACAUAAGACCAAAAUUAUAAAAUGUAGAUCAUGAAAAAAUAUCUAAAUUUUAUUAUUUAUUGAGAAAAGAAUCUGAAGUUUGUGGUGGUAUCAAUAUUGCCAUCAGACAUCUAGAAAGUAUCAUAAGAAUGGCUGAAGGUAUUUUAUAAUUCUAUAUUGAAUAGCUCAUGCUAGAAUGCAUUUAAGAAAUAAUGUUAUUGAUUUUGAUGUUUCAGUUGCAAUAAAGGUCAUGUUAGAGAGUUUUCUUUAAUCUUAAAAAUAUUCUGUGGCUAGACAAUUAAGACGUAAAUUUAGCGAUUAUUUAACAUUUAAUGAAGACUCCUUUGAUCUUCUAUUAAAUAUGUUAAAUAAAUUGUACAGAUAAUAAGUAUAUUACCUUUAUUAUUAAUUUUAGAAAGAUUAUUAUUAGAAUAUCAAAAAUUAUAAUGGUGAUAUAAGAGUUCCAAUUUAAGUGUUGGAGAAGGAAGCAAAAACAAAUGGAAUUUACUUUAACUCAGAUUUCUAUGAUUCUACAAAAUUUUAAGAAGUUUACAAAAGAAUUCAAGACUAUAUUGCCUUAAAAUGA